AUGUGUGAUAAUGGAUCUGUUGGUAAUUGUUAUCAAAAAGAGAUGAGAGUUGAAAUGAAAGAGCAUAAAGUAUUCCUUGAUUGUCAAAGAUUUGCCGAUGAGGGUUAUGAAAAAAGAAUCAGAGUUGAGAAAGAUACAUGUGGAAAAAUGCCAAUGA